AUGGUCCUGUGCACAGGCCAUGCAACCAUCUUUAAUUUGAGAAUAGACCGCCUUACAGCUUGGAAUCCGUAUACUCACGCAAUGCAACCCGCAACAGAUUGUUUGGAACCAAAGUUACCGCCGGAUGAGAAGAAAAUAAGCAACGAAGUAACCGAGGAUGAGGAGGAACUAUUUAAAUUCUCGCCCGAAAAAGAGGCGUCUUUACUAGAGGAGACAAAUGUACUCAAGUUACGCGCCAAUGAUCUAUUUGCACAGAACGCAUUUACUCAAGCUAUUGAGAUUUACGACCAGGCAGUCUCGAUCUGUCCUAAUUAUCGCCAUUAUGAAGUUUCAGUUUUAAAGAGUAACACUGCAGCCUGUCAUUUAAAAAUCGAAAAGUGGAAAGAAGCGGCAAAAUUAGCGACGGACUCCCUCGAGCGGUUAGAAAAGCUUUUAAAAAUAUCUGGAGGUAGAGAGGAAUCUGCAAGCGAACCUUGUAGUGCUACUAGAGAUGCAGAGCUCACAACUCUAACCCAUGAACCUAAUGUAUUCAGUAUUGAACGGAUGAAAACAAAGACUAUGAUGCGACGAGCGCGCGCAAAUAGCGAAGUCGGUGGCUGGGCAGCAUUACAAAGUGCUCAUGAUGAUUACCAAAAUCUUUCAAAAAUGGCAAAUCUCUCGUCGGCAGACCGUUCCGUGGUCCAGCGGCAAUUAGUGCUACUUCCUCCCCGAAUAAAGGCAGCGCAGACCAAGGAGAUGGGUGAUUUAAUGGGUCAAUUAAAGCAGCUCGGAAACGGUAUUCUCAAACCAUUUGGCCUCUCGACUGACAACUUUAAUGUGAAAAAAGAUGAAAAAACUGGUAGCUACAGCAUGGAUUUCAAACCAGGCUCAUAA